CCUUAACUGAGUUAACUUUGACCGUCUUCAAAAGAGAGCAUCCAAGACAAAAGAGCUUGCAUUCGCUACUCAAGUUUGAAGCCUAGCACCAAAUUGGAGAAAGUUCACGGAUUUGCUCACAAUCACCCUGGUCCUUCGUACAUUCGUACAUUACCAACCCGAAAACAUGGCGAUGACAUUCUCGACCUUCAUUAUGACACUCGCUGAGACAAUACAGUCAGAAAAUGGACCUAACCUGGCCUAUCUUUUGCGCCCAACCAGUCCUCACGGGAAGGAUCUCGUCAAGGAGUUUCGCAAUCCUACACGCGAAGUACUAAUGUCACGCUAUGGUGGAUGUAUUGAGAGCCCAUGGGAUGACAUCGCUACUAGAUAUGUUAUGGUCACUUCGCACAUCGCCCGCAAACGCGCUGGAGAGGCAUUCAACGAGCAGUCGCAGCUCGUCUCCCAGUUCUUCCGCUACUUUAUCAACAAUACUGGAUGGACACUUCCUGCGCUGUUCUCGAUGCUGAGAGACCUAAGAGAUCUUGCAUUUGAUGCCGACAACUACGCAAAAUAUAAUAAUCAGAAAAGCGAGUGUAUGGAGAGCGCUGCUGGCGUUGUUGUUAAGGCGUUCAGCAACUGCAUGACGGACAGAACUUCACCUCCGAGCGAAUCUCGUAAAUGGGGUGUCUACUACGUCGUCGGGCUUGUGUUAAAAUGCUACUUCCGAGUCAAACGAAUAUCAUUGUCGAAAAAUAUUCUCAGAGCGCUCAAUGCUAAUCCCGACAUACCACCUCUUUCAGAGUACCCGCGCUCACAUCAAGUCACGUAUCGCUACUACCUGGGCAUGCUAAGUUUCCUAAAUGAAGAUUACACUAAGUCCGAACAGGAACUAACCCUGGCUUUUUACCAAUGCUAUAUUCCAGCACACAGUAAUCAAGAACGGAUACUGACGUACCUACUCCCCCUGCGCAUUCUCCGUGGGCAUCUCCCAACCAGAGACCUGAUGGAUCGGUUCCCCGUGCUUGACGAGUUGUUCACGCCUUUCAUUGCUGCCAUAUGUGCUGGUGAUAUAUCUGCGUACGAUGCAGCAUUGGAUAAGUGGGAACGGCGCCUGCUCGAGCUCAACCUGUGGUUGACGCUAGAACGAGCCAGAGAGCUAUGUAUCAGGGGGCUGUUUAGACGCGUCUGGGUGGCAACCGACCAGAGCACACGGAUACCUAUAUCUAUGUUCCACUGCUCGUUGCGAUUAAAGGGGAUCGAUGUUUCGAUGGAAGAAGCUGAAUGCUAUGUCGCGAAUAUGAUCUACCAGGGAUAUAUGAGAGGUUAUAUCUCGCAUGAGAAGCAGAUGGUCGUAUUGGCCAGUGCCAAUGCAUUUCCCAGAGUAGCGGAACGCUCUGCACCAUUGUCCUAGAGAAUAUACAGGAGCACGGCUGUGUUGUACGCAUGAUGUUUUACAGCUGUUCGUUAGCAUUUUAUGCCGGGUAACACGAAGCUGUGUGAUAUGAGGCAACACACUGAUUAACAGGAAUUCGAGAUAGAAGUGAAUGGCAAUCGAUUUAGAUGUCAAUGUUGU